AUGUCAUCGUAUCUUUUCAAAGACACGGUAAAUGAAUACUUGGAGAACUUGCCAUACUCGAUGAAGUCGAAGCUUUUCAAGUCGCCGGCGACUUGUUUAGCAAUCUACCGUCUUCUACCAAACUUGGCCAAGUUUUAUAUCAUGUCGAUGGUUUUCCAUGAGAAACCGGUGAAUUCAAGAAUCUGGGAUGUAUGGGUGAAGGACAGCGAUCAGGGGAAGAAAUUGGAAGUCGAAGGACUACGAAGAAUGAAAUCACUAAAUUUGAUCACCGAAAAAAACAAUUAUUUAGUAUUAGAUGAGCAUUUCCGAGAAAGUUUUAGAAAUGCGUUAGUUGGUAAUGAUUCCCACCAUGCUUUUGGGGUACCGUGUGCCACUGAUGAAAAUAACAAGACUUCAAUCGAUUUUUUGGACGAAUUCGCCACCAAGAAGUGGGAAUCGAUAUUGCAUUUCAUGGUGGGGACCGAACUAGAUGAACUACCGAGCGUGGGGGUCCUAAGUCUUUUGAAACAUAGUGGGUUGAUGGAAAUUAAUGGGGAUAUCACCAAGCGAAACCUUACCAGUGUCAAUAUCACCAAAGAAGGGUUCCUGUUUUUACUUCAAGACGUCAACGCCCAGAUUUGGACGUUGUUGUUGGAAUAUUUGAAGAUCGCCGAAACUUUGAACAUGGACUCGGUAGACGUGUUGAAUUUCAUUUUCAUGUUGGGGUCGUUGGAAUUGGGGAAAGAUUACAGCUUGGAAGCCCUAUCGGAAACCCAGAUCAAGAUGUUGGAGGAUUUAAGAGACUACGGGUUGGUGUAUCAACGGAAAGCUAGCUCGAAAAGGUUUUACCCAACCAGAUUGGCCACGACAUUGACGUCAGAUUCCACCACUUUGAGAUCGGUGUCGUCGGCAAUGAACAAAGCCAUUCGAAGCGCUAAACAAGACAACGAGAAAGAUGUGAAGGAAGAAGAGGCCCAAGUGGAUUUUGUCUCGGGGACAAUUAUCGUGGAAACCAAUUUCAAGUUGUACUGUUACGCCACUUCGCCAUUACAAAUUGCGAUUUUGAAUUUGUUUGUGCAUUUGAAGAGUCGAUUCAGCAAUUUAGUAACGGGGCAAAUCACCAGAGAAUCGAUUCAGAGAGCGUUAAAGAGUGGGAUUGCUUCGGAUCAAAUCAUUGCGUAUUUGGAAGUCAAUGCCCACCCACAAAUGAAAAAAUUGGCCCAAGCAGCGCUCAAUAAAAAAAUCGAGUUUGAAAGCGUCAAUGGGAUGAAGGCGUCGCAUUUAAGCUUGAGGAAUUUGGAGAUUGUCCCCAGUAAUAUUGUUGACCAGAUCAAAUUAUGGCAAUUGGAAUUGGAUAGAAUCCAAGCGUUUGGCGGGUACUUGUUCAAAGAUUUCAAAGGGGAAGUGGAAUAUAAAGGGUUGCUCAAUUACGCCGAAGAAAUCGGGGUGUUGCUUUAUAAAGAUAAUGCUAAUAGAAAAUUCUUUGUUACUGACGAGGGCCGUCAACAAUUGAUUGAUUACGCUUCAAGAAGAACAAAGAGGCAGAAGAAGAGUUGA